AUGCCAAAUGGGGCGACCUUAAAUUUGGGCUCCAGCUGCCCGUUUAAAGAGCUAGAACAGCUGGACCAUUUGACGCUGCAGCAACAAAUCAAUGCAAAUUUCAUCUUACACGCGAUUACCAACUAUAAGAAAUCACCGUCCGAGCGCAAGACUCUGGACUUUAUUGACAAAAAAUGGCUGGCCUUGCUGAGGCUGUGGCGCGAGUUCCGGCUGCGGGAUAAGCAAAUACGACGUGACUACAAGAGUGCCGAGCCAGAGCACGGAUACUUUCAGCAGGAGCUAUACUCGCUCAUUCAUGAGAAAUAUAUGGCAGCCCGCAGUCGCAUGGGUCGCGACAAAAGAAAUCUGCUCAAGUGCAAAGCUUCCCAGGCGUAG